UUCCCCAGAGCGAGCUCCCCUGGUCUCCUGUCUUGAAGCUGAGGCAAAGGUAUUUAUCAUCAGUGCUACCUGUAAACCUAUGAAGAGAAAGGUUAAUGUCUGUGUCACUGAAUACUCUUCUUACUGCUCUUUGUAAAUUCCCUCAGAUUGGGGAUUACUUCUGCUUAUGCAGAAAUUAUCUGUGUAAUUUAUAACAAUCUCUGGCAAAAACCUCAGAAAAAAGAUAUGCUUCUGACUUAGCCGGAUGUCAGAGGCUGCGGCAGGACCUGGGGAGAAGGCUCUGCAGAUGGCAUGAGGCUCUGGGAGUGAUGAUUCCAACAGAGGGGUAGCUUCUUGGAACUUUUUUCUCCCGAGAAGAGUGACAGUUAAAAAGAGGAUAAAAGCUACGAGCAACACCUUUGCCAAUGAAAUAGGAGAGGGAGUGCUUUCAAAGCACGUGGGGCUGUCGCUGGGCUCUGAGCCCAUCCACGGGACUGGGACGCACGGCCAUGGAGUAGAACUUCAACGUGGGUCUGAGAAGAGACGGAAAUGGCCCACCAAGUCAGCCUCAGUUCCCUCCAGGAGUCUGAACGCGAAGUGAUCCUCCAGGUUUUGUAUCGGGACCAGGAGGUUCAAAACACGGAGGCGGAGCGGAUACGGAAACUGAAGACGCGCUUGCAGCAUCUCAGGUGGAAAGGCGCGAAGAGCGUGAGCCACGAGUACAGAGAGAAGUCUUGUGCCCGCUGCCAGCAGCCCCUGGGGCUCCUGCUGAACCGGGGAGCCGUGUGUCGGGGCUGCAGUCACCGCGUGUGCAGCGAGUGCCGGGUGUUCCUGAGGCGGACCCGCGCCUGGAAGUGCACCGUGUGCUUCGAGGACAGAAAUGUGAAAAUAAAAACUGGAGACUGGUUCUUCGAGGAACGAGCCAAGAAAUUUCCAGCUGAAGGCAAGCACGAGACAGCCGGAGCAAAGCUCUUGCAAUCUUAUCAGAAGCUGAGCAAGAUCUCCGUGGUGCCUCCCACCCCUCCGCCUCUCAGUGAAAGCCAGUGUAGCGGCAGCCCUGCCAGGUUGCAGGAACUCGGGCAGUUUAAAGGAUUCAAUAAGUCUGUGGAAAAUUUGUUUCUGUCUGUCACCACCCACAUGAAAAAACUCUCCAAGUCCCAGAAUGACAUGACCUCUGACAAGCAGCACCUGGAGACGGUCCCCAGGCAGCGUGAGGGCCGGCCGGAGAGGAGGAGCCUGUCCGACACGGCGAUCAACGCCAGCACCAGGAAGGUCAGCACACCAGAUAUUCUGAAACCUCUCAGUCCAGAGAGCCCCAGACGCCUUACGAGUCCUGUUUUGAAGCAAGAAGACAUCUCAUCCAGUCCAGUGCUCAACACUUUGUUCUCAGGAGGCUUGAGACAGGGAAGUUUAAUCAGCAUUAACAGCACUUGCACAGAGAUGGGCAAUUUUGACAAUGCUAAUGUCACUGGAGAAAUAGAAUUUGCCAUUCGUUACUGCCUCAGAACUCAUUCUUUAGAAAUAUGCAUCAGAGCCUGUAAGAACCUUGCCUUUGGAGAGGAAAAGAAGAAAAAGUGCAAUCCGUACGUCAAGACCUAUCUGCUGCCUGACAGAUCGUCCCAGGGAAAACGCAAGACCAGCGUCCAGAAGAACACGGUGGAGCCGACCUUUCAGGAGACCUUGAAGUACCAGGUGGAGCUGGCCCAGCUGGCCAGCCGGCAGCUGCAGGUGUCCGUGUGGCACCUGGGCGUGCUCACCCGGAGGGUGUUUCUUGGAGAAGUGAUCGUCCCUCUGGCCACGUGGGACUUCGAAGACAGAGUGUCGCAGUCCUUCCGCUGGUAUCCGCUCCGGGCCAAGGCAGAGAAAUCCGAAGACAGCCUUCCCACCAAUAACGGAGAACUCGCAGUCCGGGCCAAGCUGGUCCUCCCUGCAGGGCCCAGAGAGCUCCAGGAGGCUCCAGAAGGGACAGGAGACGAGCCAUCACAGAACGGUCAGCUCUGUUUGGUGGUGCUGGGAGCCAAGAAUCUACCUGUGCGGUCCGAUGGCACCUUAAACUCAUUUGUUAAGGGCUGUCUCACUCUGCCAGACCAACAGAGGUUGAGACUCAAGUCCCCCGUCCUGAAGAAGCAAGCCUGUCCCCAGUGGAAGCAUUCCUUCGUUUUCAAAGGCGUCACCCCUUCGCAGCUGAGGCAGUCCAGCCUAGAACUGACUGUUUGGGACCAGGCCACCUUCGGGGUGAAUGACCGCUUCCUGGGAGGUGCCAGGCUUGGUUUGAAGGAGGACCAGCCCGGCGGUGCACACACAAGCUCACAGGCAAAGCUCCAGUGGCAGAAAGUUCUUUCCAGCCCCAACCUGUGGACAGACAUGACCCUCAUCCUGCGCUGACUGCUGCUCAGGUGCUGCGGGGCUGGGUGUGGACACGUGCUGGGCGGGGUCCCUCACAGUGUGAACCUGCCCGUCUGUAGCCAGCCCACCACUGAGAUGUUCUUCCAGACCCUUCCGUGUGUAUUUAAGUUAAACAGAUCAAUAAUCGAUGCAUACACCUUGCUCUCAGGUUGGUUGUCUGUGCUUUGGGAGAUGUACAAAAUGACCAGAUUUCAAUAAAUGUUCACCAGCUA